UAGCAUCGGCAAACCUCCUUAACCAUGAAGGCAAGAUUGAACUGUAGAUCAUACAUAGUUAUACAAACAUGGUCGAUGUAAGAUUUUCAUGUAUCAUUAAAUUAGUUAUUUUUAAUGUUCUUCCAAUAUCCUUGACCAUGAAGGCAAGGAUUGUCUGGCUCUGCUCCUUCCUCUUCUUCCUCGGAACAAUUUUCUUCUCUCCCUCCAUUGCAAGCGACACCCUGACCGUCUCCACUCCUCUCCUCGACGCCAACAGAACAACCUUGAUCUCCGACGGCGGCAGAUUCGAGCUUGGAUUCUUCAGCCCCACCGGCUCCAACAACCGCUACAUAGGCCUAUGGUACCACAGCAUCUCCGACAACCAAACCGUGAUAUGGGUCGCCAACAGAAAGAAUCCGGUCACCGAUCGCUCCGGCCGUCUCUCUCUGACCAGCGACGGAGCACUCACGAUCACCGACGGAAACUCAACCGUCGUUUGGUCCUCCGACUCGCAGACAGCUCUCGAGAACCCCGUGGCGAAACUCCUUAACACAGGAAACUUCAUCGUCCGAGAGGCCAGAGCUGCAGAUUCUGACGGCGCGUGGCAGAGCUUUGAGUUUCCCACCGACACGUGCAUCCCGGGCAUGAAGGUGGGGUGGAAUCUGACGAGCGGGCGCAACUACAACCUUACGGCGUGGACGAGCGAGAGCGAUCCGUCACCGAGCAAUUAUGCGAUCGCCAUCGACUACCACGGCCAGGCGGUUAUAAUGGAUGGCCAGCUACUGCACUGGCGGGGCGGCCCAUGGAACGGCUUUUGGUUCAGCGGCGCCGACGUGAUGCAACGCGACAACUCCCUCGGCAUCGGCUUCGACUACGUGACCGGACCCGACCAUGCCUUCUUCUCCGAGUACUUGAUUGACCCCUCGGUCAUCGACCGGCUCGUGAUCAACACCUCCGGCACACUGCAGCACUUCAUCUGGAUCCAAGCCAGGCAGCUGUGGACGUUCGUGGGGUUCCAGCCUCAUGACGAGUGCGACAGCGUGGCCCGGUGCGGCCCUAACGGCGUGUGCCACCCCGAAGGGUCGACGCUGUGCAAGUGCCUGCAGGGGUUCGCCCCUCGGAACAACAGCGAGGGACUGGACGGCUGCGUCAGGAUCACGGCGUUGGACUGCGUCAACGGCACGGACGGGUUCGCGAGGCAGAGCAGCUUGAAGCUGCCGGACACCGCGACGGCGUCGGUGGACUGGAGCGCGGUGAGCCUGGAGGAGUGCAGACUCCGGUGCCUGCCGAACUGCUCCUGCACCGGCUACGCGCAGGCCAACCUCAGCGGCAGCGGCAGCGGGUGCGUGCUCUGGUCGACCGAUCUGACGGAUAUCAAAUUCUACGAAGGCGGAGGAGGGCAGGAUCUCUACGUCAGAGUAGCAGCAGCCGACCUCAUGAUCACCACGGGGAGAAAUCACGGGCAUAGGAGUCCUGCAGUGGCCAUCAUUGUGGCCUCAGCUCUGGCUAUUUUCCUUGUGGUAUUCGUUGUUUAUUGCCUUUGCAAGAGGAAGAAGAAACACGGAAAUUACUUGGAUGAUGGCACAGAAGAAACGGAUUUGGAUCUACCACUCUUUGAUCUAGACACCAUUACAGAAGCCACCCAAAACUUCUCGCCCAGCAACAAACUCGGACAGGGAGGCUACGGACCAGUGUACAAGGGCAAGUUCAAGGAUGACGGGCAAGAGAUAGCCGUGAAGAGGCUCUCCGAGACGUCGAGUCAGGGUGCCAAUGAGUUCAAGAACGAGGUAAUGGUGAUUGCUAAGCUUCAACAUCGAAACCUGGUUCGACUUCUGGGAUGUUGCAUUCAAGGGAGGGAAAGGAUGUUGAUCUACGAGUUCAUGCCUAACGGAAGCUUGGAUGCCCUUCUAUUCGAUCCGGCAAAGAGUAGGUCGUUGGAUUGGAAAACACGAUACAAUAUCAUAGUUGGGAUUGCACGAGGACUUUUGUAUUUGCACCAUGAUUCUAGGUUAAGAAUCAUCCAUCGGGACCUCAAAGCUAGUAACGUUCUUCUUGACAAGGAUAUGAAUCCUAAAAUAUCAGACUUUGGAAUCGCUAGGAUAUUUGGAGGCGAUGAUACAGAAGUUAAUACGAUGAGAGUUGUUGGAACUUAUGGAUAUAUGUCACCCGAAUAUCUCAUGGACGGAAUAUUCUCUGUUAAAUCUGACCUAUUUAGUUUUGGUGUAUUAAUACUUGAAAUUAUAAGUGGUAAAAAGAAUAGACGUGUUCAUCACUCUUCGUUCCUGGUGAAUCUUCUUGAUCAUAUUUGGAGCUUGUGGAAAGAAGGUAAAGCAUUGAACCUAGUCGAUGAAUCAAUCGGAGAUUCAUUUCCGGCAACAGAAGUAUUGAGUUGCAUAAAAAUUGGCCUUUUAUGUGUUCAAGAGCGACCAAAGGACAGACCAAUGAUGAAUUCCCUGUUGAAAAUGCUGGACAGUGAUAUUUCUCUUUUGCCGGAGCCUACUCAGCCUGGAUUUGUGAAUUUAAGAGGUCUAUUCGACUCUGAAUCAUCAUCAACAAACAGAUCGAACAUCUCCAAGAAUACUGUUUCACAUACAUUGUUUGAAGGUCGUUAAUGGAUGCUCACUGUUUCAUGUAAGGAUGGCUCAAAUUUUAAAAUUCGAAUGUAUAGUAUUUCAUAUGUAAGAAUUAGAACGAGUAACUAAUAAUUAAAGCGGUUUGAAUUCAGAAUU